AUGACUGAUUCAACGCGCCGAAAACUGCUGGCCGCAGGUUCUGCGGCUCUGGUCACCUCGCUGCCCUGGCUAAAUGGGUGCAGUCCAGUGCUCAAGCCCAACAGUAGCAUUGUCACGCCGCAUAAGCCGCUGCCGAGGAUCGCCGGUUUUUCGGGUCGGGUGAUUGAACGCAGCGACUCACAGUUUGCCCAAUGGCACAGCGGUAUCGUGUGGCAAGCCCGUAAGCCCAAUCGGUACCCCGAGUGGAUUGUGCGGCCCGAAACGCUCAGCGAUGUAAGGGCAGCGAUGAAGUUCGCGGCUGCCAACCAGCUAAAGGUUGCCGCUCGAUCCGGCGGCCAUCACGUCUGGGGCGCGAGUGUCAGGCAAGGCGGUUUGUUGAUGGACCUGUCGCGUUUUACCCAAUGGAAGAUUCAUCAAGGCGGCACGGCAAACUUUGGCCCUUCGCUGUGGGCGCGGGACGUCAUGGCGGCGCUGGAGCCUGCCGAUCAGGCGUUUCCCGUGGCCCACUGUGCCACAGUGCCUUUGGGCGGCUAUGCACUGGGCGGCGGGCUGGGGUUGAACGGCGACCAAUGGGGCGGCAUGGCGUGCAACGCCAUAGUGGGUGGUACGGUUGUGACCUCAGAGGGUGAGGUGCUGACGGUAUCUGAACGUGAGCAUGACGCAUUGCUUUGGGGCCUGCGCGGUGGCGGCGGGGCAUUGCCGGUCAUUGUCACCGACCUUAAGGUGCGCACGUUUAACCGUACGCCAGGUGCCUGGACUUCAACUUGGCUGUUUGGUCUGCACCAACUGGACAAGGCGCUGGAUUUGCUGGACGCGGUUUCCGAGAUCAGCCCAGAAAACACGGAACUGCUGGCGCUGAUGAUGCAUAACCCCAUGGCGCCACCUGACGCGCCGAAAAUUCAGCAAAAAGCCGUCGCGGUUCGGCUGCAGGUUUUUGUUGAGCAGCAGUCAGACGCUGACACACUGUUCGAUGCGAUUGCCGCCAACCCUUCAGCAAGCCACAGUGUUUUUCGCAUGGGGCCGGAAGCGGAGUCCUAUGAAAAGUUGUUUUCCAGCAGCAUGGACUGGCGCCGCGGCUUUGGGUUUGGGAGGUUUGGCGUAGAAAAUGGUUGGACGGGUCAACGCAGGAAGGCGGUGAUGGAGGUGGCGAAACGUUUUGUUGACGCUCCGUCCUGGAAAUCCCAUGUGGUUAUACAGCCUAAACUGGCUCCAGCGGUGGAUGGAUAUGGGGCCUUUUCGGUAGCGGACGAUACCUAUAUUGGGCUUUACAGCGUAUGGGAUGAAUCUGAGCGCGACGGCGAGAAUCUCACUUGGCUAAAGGAGGUUGCCAGCGCGCUGGAUCGGUAUUCCUCCGGCCACUAUAUCAACGAGAUUAACAGCGAGGAUAACCCUCAGCGGGUGCGUGGAUGUUACAGCCCGGAUUGUUUUCAGCGGCUGCGGGCGCUGCGCAGGCAGUGGGACCCCGAUGGCGUCCUUCACGAUUUCCCCGGGUUGAGCUGA